AUGGUGGCCCCUUCGGACGUCGAGAUGCGCUUUGAACGUCGUCACUCUUCGGUGCAUCUGGAGCCGCUCACCAUGCAGUUACCCGGCAGCGCCGAGCAGUUCAAAUUUGACUCCAAGGCCGUCGCACCGGCCAAGGUUGAAAUCAACACUUGGCGGACUGCGUCUACUUCUGAUGACAGCCAACCUUCCUCACCACAUUUCCGCACGUUGGCCCCGGUGAAACCGCCGCCUGUGCGCAAUCUUCAGAAAAAUGAGAUUCGUUCGCGCGCCUCCUCGAGCGACAAUAAAAUGCCGAACAAUCGGGAUCGACGCCAUUCGCUGAUCGCCCAGCUCUUUGAUGACCACCCAAAUGCCCCCGGCACCCGACGCCCACGUCGCAUCUCGGUCAGCGACGAGUUCGCGACCACCGCCCAGUUCAUCGAGAAUUUGCGUCAAGAGCUCAUGAAGCAAAUG